UGAGUCACGCGUUCCCAUAGUAGGAUGUGCGAAUGCGUUGGGCUUUGAUUAAAUAAGAGUCGGUGAGCUGGGAUAGGCUGGGAGUUCGCUCGGUCCAGACUGCAGGAAAUCCGACGUGGACUAUAAACCCGCAGAAACGGAGAGACAAACGAGCGAAUGACUAGAAGUCGAUGCGAAAAACUUGAUCCGAUUUUCUGCCGUGGGGCUGGAACGCUACAUUGUAUCUAAAAGUCUGAGAUUAUUGCAACAUGCCACGGCGGACUGUACAAGAAGUAACUGUUCAAGACGUGCAAAAGAGACGAAACCCCAACAAACACUAUGUUUACAUUAUCAAAGUGGCUUGGUCUGAUGGCAGCACUGAGAUCAUUUUCAGGCGCUACAGUAAAUUUUUCGACCUUCAGAUGGAGCUUCUGGAUAAAUUCCCUGUGGAAGGUGGACAGAAGGAUCCGAAACGCAGAAUCAUUCCCUUUUUACCAGGAAAGAUUCUCUUCAGAAGAAGCCACAUCAGAGACGUGGCCAUGAAACGCCUGAAACCCAUAAACGAGUACUGUAGGGCCCUGAUCCAGCUGCCAGUGUAUAUUUCCCAAUGCGAGGAGGUUCGUGUGUUCUUUGAGACGCGUCCUGAAGACCUGAACCCACCCACAGAGGAACCCGGUGGAAAAAAGAAAUCGGGCAUUGUGGAGCGCGCGACUUCUUUCCUAAAGAGAGGAGGAGACUCGUCCUCAGCGGACCCGCUGCUGCUGGAGCAGUACGUGGCUGUCACCGACUACGAGAAGCAGGAGAGCUCUGAGAUCAGUCUAUACGUGGGGCAGGUCGUGGAGGUCAUCGAGAAGAACGAGUCUGGUUGGUGGUUUGUUAGCACUGAGGACGCUCAAGGUUGGGUACCAGCCACAUGUCUGGAGGCUCAGGAUGACCCUGAUGAUUUCUCUCUACCAGCAGAAGAAGGUAAAGAGUCCUGCUUGUCAUCAAAUGUUCCUCAUCAGCAGCAACAGCAAAACAAAACAAAAAAAAAAUACUCCUGUUUAUUCAGAUCUGGGAUCUCUAAAGAUGUAGUGUGUAUUUUUUUGAAUUCAAAAGUAAGAGAGACAAAAGAUUGUGGCCCUCUAAACUCUGCCCUCUUCUCUUCUGCAGAAGCAGGAGCGCGACAGAGACCUCCACCACGCCGAGAUCUUUCUAUACCGCGAGGAGUGAAUCUGCCUAAACCUCCAGUGCCCCCACAAGUAGAGGAGGAGUAUUACACCAUAGCUGACUUUCAGACAACCAUCCCAGAUGGUAUUAGCUUCCAGGCAGGAGUGAAAGUUGAAGUCAUUGAGAAGAACUCUAGUGGCUGGUGGUACAUUCAGAUCGAAGAUAAAGAAGGCUGGGCUCCAGUCACAUUCAUUGACAAAUACAAGAAGACUAGCAAUGCCUCUAGGCCUAACUUUUUGGCCCCGCUUCCUGGUGAGAUGGGUCAGCUGAAGCUUGAUGAUACCUCAAGCAAUAAUACCAACUCUGAGCAAAGUUGGUCCAAACCCCUGCCAGACGAACCUUCAUCCAACUCUGAUUUUUCCACCCGUUCCAAGCUGAGAGAUUGGAAGCCCAAUGCAGUUAAAGGGAGCUCUCCUUUUUCAGGGCCCUUACCACCUCCUCCAUCCUCACCCACGGCUGAAGAGAAGCCAGCUUUACCGCCAAGGAGAGAAUCCAUCAACAAGAGCCUGGAACUGGAGGACAAACCCAAAGCAGACCUUCCUAAACCUCUCCCACCCAAACCACCAACCCCAGGAGUCAUCGUCCCAUUGGUGAUUCCAAAAGCUGCUCCUCUCAAGCCAGACAAACCCCCAGAGAUGAAGGAGGAGAAGAACAAGCAACUCUACCUGCGCAAUGAGAUGGGCUUGUGUGGCCACAACAUCUCAGCCAAGGAGGUGAAAAAGUUCAACCUAAAGCAUGUGGCCAAGCAGCCUCCCAAACCCAAAGCAGAUUCGCAUGAAGACAAGCCGGAUUUGGCCAACCCAGCCCCGUUCCUCAAGCCGAAACCAGUGGUCAGACCAAAGCCCCCCCCUGCGGCCAAACCAGAGCCGGUGGCCAAGAAUGAGCUGGACAUCACAAACCUUCGGAGUAAGCUUCGUCCAUCUAAACCUCCAGAGCUGAGCAGCAACUCGAGUGAUCCCAACCAGCAGAGUGAUACUCCCUCGAAUAAUGGCAGAACAAACGAAGAGUCGAAAUCCCCCAAUAAACAACAAAACGGCCAUGACCCAUCAGAACCAACUAAACCACCUACAAUUACACCAAAGGAGCCUCCCCAAAGGCCAUCUGUGGCACCUAGAAGACCUCCUCCACCAAAGAAGAGCUCUGAGUCAGCCAGUCCAACAGACACCAAAGCUCCCCAAAAAGACUUGCCGGAGGCCAAGCCAUCCGCCCCUCCUCAGAGCAGACCCCCGCCACCCAAAAUGAAACCAAAAGACAAGGAGAAGGAGGAACCCAAGGCCAAAGUACCUGUGCCACCAAAGCCCCUCAUUAAGACCGAAAAACCAGGGCCUCCGAGAGACAAACUCCCACCUCUUAUCAAGGAUCCGGCCAAGGAGGAGCUGUUCUUAGCUGUGGCGGACUUUGAAGGAGACGAGCAGACGCCUGCCUUUAAAGAGGGUGCUGUUUUCGAAGUUCUGGAGAGAAGUAGCGGUGGCUGGUGGUUUUGUAAAAAUGUGAGCGAUGAGCCGUAUCAAGGAUCCGGCCAAGGAGGAGCUGUUCUUAGCUGUGGCGGACUUUGA